GCGACGAAAUGCGGACGUGCGUGUUGGGAGUGGUGCUGCUGGCCGCGUGCGCGCGCGCCAUCACGCGGGACCAGCUCUACCCGAACGGGUCGGGGCUGGAUCUGCAGCUGCAAAGAGGUGCGGUGGUCGAGAGCCCGGAAGUGCGCCUGAGAGUACCCGUUGUGUUUUACGGAGAGACGUACGAUUCAAUAUUCGUUAACAACCACGGAAUACUUUCCUUCAGAGCAGACAUAUCAUCGUUCAUGAAUGCAGAGUUCCCGCUCCCAUAUCCAUCAAUAGCAGCGUUUUAUUCGAACGUAGACACCUCCAUAUCAGGGGCGGUCUAUUACAGAGAAAGUAACGAAAAUCGUGUUCUCGCAAAAGCUACAGAGAGUGUCCAAAAUAAUUUUCACGAAUAUUAUGACUUCCAACCCACUUCUGUAUUUAUUGUCACAUGGGCAGACGUAUCUUAUACUGGUGCACAAGGCAACCAAAAGAAUACUUAUCAAGCUGCCAUUAUUAGCAACGGCAACGAGAGCUUCGUGGAGCUGUUGUAUCCCGAUGGUGACAUCCAGUGGAUUCAAAGAGAGACUUCGCCGGACAACUUGCCAGACGCAAAGGCACAGGCAGGCUUCGUCUCUGAAGACGGGCAGAUGCUGCUACUUAGGGGCUCUGGCAGCCAUCAGAUAAGGAAUAUAAUUUCUUGGUCAAACACACAAGAACCUGGGAAGUACGUAUAUCGCGUAGGAAACGUAAUGCAAGAUGGAAACGUCGUAGUACCAGAUUUAUACAAUCAGAGUGAAGAGGAAUCUGAAGAAGAAUCUAGAACGUGUGCCCAAAGUGGGCCGAGUGUAUGCCACAUCAAAGCAAGAUGCGUCGACUACCAAGCUGGUAUUUGCUGCCAGUGCAAUGAAGGAUACUAUGGAAACGGGAAAUCUUGUGUUAAAGAAGAUGUCCCACUACGAGUACACGGCAAACUGAAUGGCGUUGUCAACGAUGUGUCAUUAAAUGACGUAGAUAUUCAAGCGUACGUGGUGGUGGCAGAUGGCAGGUCCUAUACCGCUCUAUCACAAACCCCGGCCGCAAUCGGAAACAACCUCCAACUGGUUCACGUUCUUGGCGGAGUCAUAGGGUGGCUGUUUGCCAAGCCUCUGGGAGACGCCAGCAACGGUUACCAACUUACGGGAGGCGUAUUUAACCACACAGUAGACAUAUUCUUUCCGGCUACAAACAAUCGCGUAACAAUCACUCAGGAAUUUAUAGGUCACGACGUUUUUGAUCAAAUUACUCUAGAUUGUGACAUUAGAGGAUCUCUGCCGAACGUAGGUGUCGGCGCUAAACUUCAAGUCACAGAAUACGAGGAACAGUACACGGUGAUAGAAGCCGGACUAAUACGAUCGGAAUCCACUCGAAACAUUAUUGACAAAUUAACAGGUGUGAGUUAUGAGCAAAGAAUUCAACAAACAAUCAAAUAUAACACUUGCCACAAUGCACCACCAGAAGGCACGGUAUCAUCGACUUUGAAAGUUUCUAAAAAUUAUUUAGGUUACGAACCUAAAAAUAACAUAGUAAGAUACGGAAUGAGCAAUAAAAUCGUUCCAUUAGGCCAAGAAGAUCCUUGUAUUUUUGGUAGAAGCACCUGCGGGCCUCACAGCUCUUGUGUAGUGCAAGGCAGCUCAUUUGCGUGUAUAUGCCAAUCUGGCUUCUCAGACGUUAUACAAGACGAUGCUUUGGUAUGUAAAGAUAUAGACGAAUGUGCUGUAAGCACGCACAACUGUGACACGAACGCUGACUGUUAUAAUCACGAUGGAGGAUUCCAGUGCCGAUGUCGUGAUGGCUUUGAAGGCAACGGAGUGACUUGCAGCCGCAUAUCGCAAUGUAGAGAGCAGUCUUGCAACCAAUUUGCUUCGUGCAUAGAAGGCUAUGGAGGAGAACCCACGUGCGUGUGUAAUCCUGGAUAUACCGGGGAUGGCCAAAGAUGUUGGUUGAUCAGCGCUUACACUUGCGACGUUCUACACAACUGCUCCCCUUACGCAUCCUGCAUCUUUUCACAAGUGAGCAACAGCCAUAUCUGCCAGUGUAAUCACGGUUACGUUGGUGAUGGCUAUUAUUGUUCCGUAGAUACUCAAACACAUCCCGGAACCCUACCACCGAUCACUACAACUCCUCAACCAAGCACCAACUACCCCGAUAACGAAUAUUUAACCCAUAAAUACAACCAUAACAAUAACCAAGACACGGACAACAACGAAUAUAACAAUAACAAUAAUCAAGAAACGGGCAACAAUGAAUAUGGUAAUAACCAAGAAACGAGCAACAACGAAUAUGGCAGUAAUCAAGGACCGGGCAACAACGAAUAUGGCAACAACCAGGAAACGGGUAACAACGAAUCCGAAAAUGUGCAACAAUUCGUUUUGCCAAACUGCGGCUUCUUCGGCCUGGGCUGCACAUGUCCUGAGGGGUACUCCAGCUUUUUAGACGAGAAAAAUAACGAAUUGUGUCGCUUAGACGGAUAUGCUGAUCCACAUCUAUUGCAAAAAAAUAACGAUACUUCAAUUGCAUGUACAACCGAUUCAAACUGUCCACCAAAUGCAGAAUGUAAAUUUACGUUGGAUAUUGAUGGCCAAUACGUAUCACGCUGCGUUUGUCCCGAGGGCUUUGUAGGGAACUCCUACGAGUGUGUUGAACAACGUAGCGAAGUAUGCGCUUGUGGGCCCAACGCUCACUGCUACCAGACUGCAAAUGGGCCAACUUGUGUUUGCGACGUAAGAUACCACGGGGACGGAUACAUCUGUCGACCAAAACUCGUCUGCACAAACAGCUCUGAGUGUGAAUCACACGCCGAAUGCCGGCCUGACGGCGCUAGCAACGAGUAUUUCUGCCAAUGCAUAGAAGGAUACAUCAAGGACGAAAACGAAGCGUGCAUACCUGACCGCCAACUUUGUAACGGAGGCGUGUGUGCCGAACACGCUUCUUGUCUCUAUGAUAAGACUCUUGAGAUCGGCUACUGUGCAUGUGAUGCAGGAUAUGAAGGCGAUGGAAUCUACGAGUGUAUACCUAGGGUUAAUGGCCAAGAACGUCCAUAUGAAAACACAAUCACAACGUGCGAUGUCAUGCAAGAUUGCAACGAAAACGCGCAAUGCACACAAACUGCAGACUUAUCAUAUCACUGUGUAUGUAGAGAGGGAUAUACAGGAGAUGGUUAUGAUUGCAGGCCGGAACCGAGCUGUCGGAACGAUCCUUACAUGUGCGAUGUACAUGCUUCAUGUCUCAAGCGCAACCAAGAAUACGUUUGCGAGUGUAAUUCAGGUUAUUCAGAAGUAGCUUACGGCAAUGAAAGUCGGUGCGAACUGAACCCUAGACAAGCUGGCAAUUUCCUGGUGGCUAGUGAUGGCGUUUUUGUAUACAGAGUGCCCUUCAAGACCACCGCUUGGGAAUAUGCGACACCUAUCAACAGCGCGAUCGACCAGAUCGCUGUCGGCAUAGACACAGACUGCCAGGCAGGCAAAGUUUACUGGGGUGACGUGGUCAGUAACUCUAUAAAGCGUGCCAGUUACGAUGGAUCUGCAUUUGAAUUAUUUUUCACAAGUGGAAUCAAGUCUCCAGAAGGAGUGGCCAUUGACUGGGCAUCUCGCAAUAUUUUCUGGACUGAUUCAAAGAAGUUGACCAUUGAAGUAGCUAAUGUUGAUACUAAAGUGAGAAAAGUUUUGUUUUCUGCAGACAUCAGAAAUCCCAGAGGCAUUGCCGUACAUCCACGAAGAGGCAAAGUCUUCUGGACGGAUUGGAAUCGAUCAAACCCUAAAAUUGAGUGGGCUAACAUGGACGGAUCUCAGCGAGGAGUUUUUGUUGACAACUCAGACGUGAAACUUCCGAACUCUCUAGCAAUUGACUGGCUGAGAGACCGUUUGUGCUACACCGACGCGGGACUGUUUCUAAUCAAAUGUGUCAACCUAGACACCAUGGAGACUGAAACCAUAGUCACGAACUGCUUGCAUCCUUUUGGACUAGCAAUAAAUCAGGAAACUUUCUAUUGGACAGAUUGGAAAACGCUUAAAAUCGAAAACAUCGACACACUGACCCAGAAGAAGGGUCAGCUAUCAAUCGCCACAGCGGCCAACAAGCUGUACGGCGUUGCGGUUGCGCCCAAUGAAUGUCCCGGCGCCACCAACGUGUGUGCGCUGCGCAACGGCAACUGCGAGGCUGACCAGCUGUGCCUGCCGGACGGCCGCGGCGGGAGGACGUGCGUGGCAGGAGAACAGAUUUACGGAUAUUAGAUGUUAAGCUAGUUCAUUGCUCUUUGUGAAUGCUGGUAAGACACUGAGGAAGCCCGCUAUGACGCUACGGCAGUGUCUUUGGACGGAUCACACUCCUGUGAUGGCCCUCGUUUUUAUACCGCUUGUGUCAUAUGUGAUAAAAACGCAACCAUAACAAGCCGCUAAGACCUUCUAAGAAAGUAGCAUCAAGAAGUAAAAGGCCUACUGCCGUGGGCAUGCAUGAUCAAUUCAUCAUUGGUUUCAUUUUACAUUUCCGCCACAAAUGGGCACCGGCUUUGAACGAUAAUAAGAAAAAUUGUCUUCCAUAAAUCAUAUAUCUUUUGGUAAUUGGUUGGAUAUAAAAUAAUAGAAAUUAAAUAAAAUGGACCUAAAAAAAUUCCAUACUAAAUUGUUGCCAUGUUUAAGCAUUUUACGUCAAAAAUGUGAUUCAAUAAUUUUCUACAAUUUCUUGUCGGACAUAACAAUCGACGAUUUCUCUUAUAUGAAUAUUCGUACACCUCAGCAUUUCUUAUUUUUAUAAAAAGGUAAGUACUAUUGUAAUAUACCUAUCACACUACUAUUUUUUAUAUACAGUAAAUGUAACGUACUAUUGUAGGUGGGUACUUAAGGGUCCCCGGCAAGCUCGGUUCUCCAUACAAACGUAGUUACGCUCUCAUUUUAAAAUGAGUAGCUAGUUUGCUCUGAAACAUUGUACUUACAAUAGGCUAAGGUAUAUCUAUGUCUGUAAUUAGUUUAUGUAGCUUCAGAUACCAUAGUAAAAAAAAUACAGCGAAUUUAAGUUUUUCAUACAAAACUUGUUUUUGCUCUAUUUCAUUUGUUUUAUAAAUUGGAGCUAUAUAAUUUCAGACCUAGAUAUACCUCAUGUCAUUGUAUGUGCAAUUUCAUUACAAUCCAACACGUAGUUUUAAAAUAAGAACGAAACUCCGUUUGUAUGGGAAGGUGAAAUUCGGCGGAGCUUGCCGGGGACUCUUAAAGCCAUAUUUAUUAUAGGUUAUAAACAAUACACAAUGUAAGUUUUGUUAAUAUUAUAGGUUACCUAAUCUAAUUCUGGCUUGUUGUUUAGGGUAGGGUGGGUGGUACAAGACAAGACCUACUUUUAUAUUUUAAUAGAAUUGCGUAGGCACGUACAUUAUGUUUCCGAUACUAUUACAAUGGGGUUGGCAACUGUUAAAGGUUUUGAUAGAUGGCGCCAGCAUAGGUUAAACCUGUCUCUAGUUCUGUUCUAUGAGAUUUGGCUUAAAGGGCUACAGCAUCCGGGCCAUACAAUAAAAAAAAAGGCUAUA